UUGGUAUCAUUAAAAGCUCAUUGUUCCACCCAGCUUCUUUGGAGCCAAAGGCAAAAGUAGCUGUUGAGAAGAAGUGGUUUUCUUUCUUUUUUUAUAAAAUAAAGUGAUAAAACAAAAUAAAAGGAUAUUUUUGUGUGCGGAAUUUUCUUAAGUGAAUUUUUUUAAAAACUUCUUUAAAAUGAAAAUCGAAAUAACUCUAUUGAUAGCUUUUGCUGUAACAAUGGUUGUUGGAGCUCCACAACGAGCUGAUGAACCUAUUGCUAUUGUCAGUCAGGAAUCAAAUAUUGAACCUGAUGGUUCAUAUCAAUAUAAAUAUGAAACCGCAAAUGGAAUCAAAGGAGAAGAAACUGGUACUUUGAAAAAAGCUACUUCCGCUGACACCAGUGACGUGAUCAUUGCUCAGGGUGCAGUCUCAUAUACAUCACCUGAAGGUAAUCUGAUUUCUUUAACUUACACCGCUGAUGAUGAGAACGGUUUCGUACCAUCUGGUGAUCAUUUGCCAACACCACCACCAAUUCCACCAGCAAUCCAAAAGGCUCUUGACUACUUGCUCAGUCUGCCUCCUUCAAAGAACUAAACAGAAGAACAUUUUUUUGUUUCACUCAAAAGCUGCCCAAUGUUUAAUUCUUUUAUAAAUUAUGCUUACAAGACGACACCACGAUCACAUUCACACAUGACCACGACACACACAUCCAAGCAAAUGAAACACACAUUACUUAUAUCUAAAAAAAAUACAUAAAAAGACAACAUUGUUAUACAAUAAUUAUUAAAACUUAUAUACAAAAAAAAA